CGUAGCACGUCGGCUCCUCGCGGGAACUUAUCCAUUUCAGCGUUCAACUCUUAAUUUCCGUUGUUUGUCUUGUGCUUAGAGURUGUAAGCGAAGUGCCAUGACUUGAACCCAGUUCAAGUAUUGUUCCCGGUGCAAGCACACAUGUCUUCAUAUCUAUAUAUGUAUAUAUCCUACACACAGAGACAUAAGUGUGCGCGAACACGCAAGGUAACGCGAUGUCUGUGAUUUUAAUCGCAAAUUACUUAAAAUGGAUAUUAAAACAAAUAUGAAGCGUAUCGUGUCUUGAGAGCGUGUGUGGGUUUCUUAAUUGUGGCUUCGGUUCGGCAAAUAAUGUACCUACUUAGCUUUGAAAAGUGAAUUACAGAAGCACAUCAAGCGUCUACAUAUGUGUGUGUGCCCGCGAUAGUGUUGAAGUAUUUAUAUAUGUGCAUGUGUAUGUGUCUUUGAUGUCAAGAAAAGUAAACGAUGAGAAGAAUAAAGAAAACGAGAGCACGGCGAGAUCGAUCAAACCGGUUCCCUAUGGAUUUCGGCUUAAGUCCCGAGUGUGUGAGUUUGACCGCAAGAAAAGCUUAACAACUAUGCAAUGAACCACCAAUAGACUACGAAAAAACAAGAGAACCACAUAAAAACACAAUGCAAAACAAAGACCAAAUAAACUGAAUUUUCGGUCAGGACUAAAUAAAAAUAUAUAAAKUGUUGUGUACAAGUAAUACUUACAUACAUAUGUGCUUGAACAUGGAAUCAUAAUCAUACUUGAAGUAUAUGGUGCCUUAGUAGUGCUGACAAAGCUUCAAAGCUGACUCUUACCAAACUUAACAGUUUGUGUGUGAUCAUCCACAUUGUCGCGUUUUCGUUGCAAGUCAUUUUGCCGCCAACACGGUAAUUCGAGUUCCGCUUUCAUCAUACUUACCGUUCAAUUAGCAGUCUUAUGCACGUUAUGUAUGUACAGUUGGAAAAUGAGUACGCUAGCUCUUGGCGAUAGUGUUUGCUUUACUGAAUGGAGUCAAUAUUAACGAUCAGUUCAGAGUUGUAGUGUCGUGGUAGUGACGGAAACGGAAUUUCGACAGCGGCAACAGAAUCGGAGCCAAUUAAAAAGAUUUAUUGUUACAAAACCGGCUUCAAAUAUUGAUUUAGUUAAGGAAAUCCAAUGCCGCGUAAUAACUCAAAAGACGAAACCCGUAUUCCAAUAUCCUCAAAAUUAAACUCCUUAAGCAUCGGAAGUCGAAUUGAUUUUAGAGACUCCCUCUGUAAAAAUGUCAGAAAUUGCUAGAAAUGAUGCCAGUACCGAGUCACUUUGCACCGUAAUAGAAAAUUUUAAAGAAAAUAGUAACACUAGUUCCAAUCACAACUUGAGUAGUAAUGACAAGAAAAGUUCAAAUUGUGAAAGCAACAUAGCUGACGAUGUUAUUCACACUCAUAAUAUCGACAGUUCCGAUCCAAAAAAGCCUUACAAAAACGACAAUGACGAAUGCGAGUCCUUAUAUGAUAACUGUGAUAUUUCACAUGAUGAGUCAACUUCAUCAAUAUCAGCUUCUGUUAAGACGAGCACUAAGCUAAAAAAAUCGGUUUCAUUUGAUCCCCAAGACGAGAAGGUCCGCAAAUUUAUAGAAGGCGAACCAAUUGUAGAUCAAAAAAAUCCUUUUAAACAACAUUAUGCAACUUGGGGAAACUCGGCUAAGAAGAAGAAAAUUCCGCCCCCUGUUCCAGCUAAACGAUCGACGUUGAGUGUCCGGAAAACUGUCACUCAACAGCUACGAGAAAGGGAGCGUGAAAAAGAAAAGGAAAAAGAACGAAUUAAAAACGAAACAAAUAACCGAAAGUCAAAUUCUGGUAAUAUUGUGUCCUUUCCAUCACCUGACGAUUUCGUUACUACUGAAGAAGUUCUAAAACAAUCCAAAUAUGUUAAGACAUAUGUGAAAAAUCCGGAUCCGUAUUUUGUUUACGACCCUUCCAUACUAGCACGACUUAAAUAUGAAGAAACACGUGAUAUUGGUGACAAAAACUCUUCAAAAAAACUUCGUUUAACAAAUCAAAMUAAAGAUCGUAUUAAGGAUUUAAAAAGUAAACCUUCAAUAGAAGUAUCGCUUUCACACUCAAAGAUUCCCUUUAAGAAAUGUUCAAAACCAAAUUAUCCUGAUCUCUCUGACAUCAAGAUCAAAGUUGGUACUGAUUUGGUUGGAAAUUUUUUUAAUCCAGCCGAAGUGUCAAAGAAUGCCAAAAAGUUCGACGAUAGGGUAAAAACACUUCAGAUAAGUUCAGAAGAUGAUUUAGAUGAAAUAGAUGGUCCCUUAACAAAAAGUGAAUCGAGUGAUGAAGUGACCCCGAACUUAGUUAAUAUAAAGAAAAUAAACUCAGAAUCCGAACAACCCAAAAAAGUUAACUUUGAAAAUAUGGAUGUCAAAGAAAUAUUGGAAGAGGCGCCUGAAGGCACAUUUACCAAUACAAUAAAAUCUAAAGAGUUUCAUGAUUAUCUUGAAAAAAAGGGUCUUACUUUGAUACCCAAAAAAAUCCCGAAUGGCGCACAAUCUGUGUAUACAACUGGCAGACAGAUAACUAAACCUGAGACUCGUAUCUCUUUUAAAAGCCCCGAGAGCGUACAGAUCUCAUUAGAUACAACGGACUCUGUGCGUAACUCUAAAAAGCCCUCAGUAUUUCAACGUCUCCUUUCAAAUAGUAUUUUUGCCACUAGACGUAAAACAACUCCCAAAGAUAUCGUUCCUACUCCGAAAUCACUGAACAAUUAUAAAACGAAUUUAAAAGAAAAUUUAGAUAACCGGCGAACUUCGCUUAAGCGAGUGGUUUUAGAAAGACAAAGUUUUCACGGACGUCCUCAUGCAAAUAAUAAUUUACUAAGUCCUGCCGAAACGGAGUUCUUAAAACACCAACAACAACAGUCCCGCAAGAGUUUCGCAAGUGGUGAAAACUUAUCUAAUUCAUUAUCUAGUGUCUUACCAAAUGGCGAGCUGCUCCAGAAUUCAACGGCAGAAGGAGAUGCACACAUUCCAUUCAUAAAACCCUCAGGAUUGGUAAGCUCUCAACAAAAUAGACCCCCUCCAAAUAAUACAAUACUAAAACCAAGAGCACAUCGACUUUACGCUAUAAAUAACACAACGAAUCUAACGACGGAAGGACUUGAAAAUUCGUCUAAUGGUACAAUAAAGCGAAGCGUUGAGCGCCAAAGCCUAAUACCCAAACGAUCUAAUCAAACUUUAAACCGCAAACAAAUUUUUAAUCGUUCUAGUUCAAUGGAUCGUAAUGAAAUAUUGAAAAAGAGACUUAUACGAGAGCUGCAAUACAAAUCAAAAAGUGACAAUGAGGCUUCUAAGGUUUCUACACCUUUCACCUCUAAAGAAAGYAUAGGAGAACAAUUUUCUGCCAUGAAUGGACCCAAAAAAACUUCAACUCCAAUCCGAAAUGCAAAUAAUGAUGGGGAAAACCACAGUUUAACACAUAGCGUAAGCCUGGUAAAUAAAGUUUAUGUCGACCAACAAGAGUGGGAGCGAUUAAAAUCGAUUAAAGAUCGUAUGGACAACGAGCUAUACCUGAAAAUGUUACAAGAACAAAAAAGACAGCAGGACGCAGAAAAUAUAUAUGAACGUCUUCAGCCACAAAAAAUAUCGGUAACUCAACCUGAUAGUAUAUCCAAACAGCCCAUAAUAGUCGAAUCCAAUUUUAUUCGGGGAUCUCCACAAAGGAACACAUUCGCAGGCUUGACUAAAAAUAGACAAGCUAAGAUUAUUGAUGGAAGAGCAUUAAUUCCAUCAUCAUUUCCUGUAAAUAUACGGUAUAUUAGUAAUAUUAAGGAAAGUGUUUUCGAAUCUACUCCUCGUAGUCAAAGCGUCUUGGGCAAUAUGACUUAUACUUCUGGGAACGGUAAUAUUAACAGAAAAGACUACGAAAUCGACAUGGGUACACCAGUUGUUCUACGACGAAAAGAUAACAAAAUAUCCGAACCGGUGUGUAAUCCAGAACAGCGUCGCAUCGGUGGUCUACUAACUAGAGAUGAGAUUUUGCAAAAAGUGAAAGAUUUUUGCAGAAAAUCUCUAAAUAAAACACCAAUUAUUCAACAAUCACAAACUAGAGUAAUUCAUAAUAAGCAAACUGGUCCCUCUGAUUUGUCUCCAGUAUCAUAUGCGUCCGUCGAAACGAACCAGAGGCCUGCUUCAAGAAUGUAUGCGGCUCCUCAAGUUCCUCAACGUAUGCAGAGCUUGCCUCAACAAUUCAUACCAAUAAAUACGGCGCAUAUGAUAAGCGAAAUAAAUCCAAAUACAGUAUCACCAAUUUAUGCACAUGUGGUWAAAAGAAAUAGCUUACUAUCAAACAAUUCGGAAAUUUACGACAGUCCUCAAAAAAUUAACUUGAUGCGACAGGAUCUGGAAACUCCUGCAAUAUAUGUAGAGCAUGGAAAUUUGCCUACUCCGCAAUAUGUACUUGUUGAUGGUGAUAAAAUGGUACCUGCGAAACAAGUAUUCAGCUAUUAUCCCGGACAGAAUGAUAUUUACGCUCAACCACAAUACGUCCGCCCGUACAAUUUGCAACCUGUUCCGGGCGCUUAUGGUUACAUAAGUGUUCGGGAACCUCCUUCUAAUCAGCAAUUACAGCAUAGGCUGUAUAAUGGACGAUGUACUCCAUUGAUACUUGAUCAGUCAAGUCAACAGGCGAGUCAAAUAUAUUGGACGCCGCGUAAUCAGCGGUUACAACAGCAUUCUGGACUACAGCCAGUGAACAUUAGUAGUCCCUGUUAUAUGCUCAAGCAACUACAUUCACCGUCCUCAAACAGAAUUGAGCUCCCGAAUAGAACUAAUAUAAAAACAAUUCCGAACACUGCUGAACUCCAAAUUCAACAUGCAGCAACAAUUGAAAGAAGAACACCCAACAAUCGGCAGACCCAAGCCAAACCAUCAUCUAAACAAUUAGAAGAUUUAAACAACCAACAUUCCUACGAUUGGGAAAGUGGCUCCGAAGCUGGCGAAGUUCGACGUAUUUUUGAGAAUACGGGAAACAACGAUUAAAAACAUAAAAACUUAAAAAGAGACACGAUGGACCAUUCAAAAAAGGCCUCGUUAAAUUCUUCCACUGAUGAUGAAUCAAUAAC